CGAAAACCCGUCACAGCACAAGCCCAUACCCAGCCGAAAACAAAUCUCAAGCAAAGGCAGCAACAGAGGUGGCCAAAGCAGAGGGUGGAAUAGGUAGAGGAGCAAGGCCUUGCAAUCUUUGAUAACCUUGGGUCAGCCAAUGACAUGUAUAUCCAGCGGACUCAUCUGCUCACUACACCCUCUGACCAAGCCAGAAGACGCUCAUCUAACACAAGCUUCAAUGUGUUCUCACCACUAUCAACGAACAUGCAAAAACAUCCACAACACAAAAACUUUGUACACCGAACUCAAGAGAGGGAGAGCUAACCCCAAGCCAGCCAAAGAAGUAGGGACAACGCUGUCAAAGGGCAGGGGAAGCAAGCAGACGCAAACUCGGCGAAUCCGAGAGGAAAUAACCGUAAUUAGAUAAAUGAUUUCAAUUUUAAGGGUUAGGGAUUCAGAAUCAGAUCUUUGAUUCGGUUUCAGUUUGAAUUUAGUUCAAUUUCGAUCUGGUUCAAUUUAAUUCAAACUGAUUUGAUCUGGUUCAAUUUAUUUUAAUUGAAAUGAUUCCAAGUUUAUUUUACAAGCUCUUAUCUAUUAUUAGAGAAUGAAGCAAUAUCUAGCUUACAAGGAAACAUUUAUCUUCCUUAAUAACGAAGAGCUGGAUGCUUGGCUUAUUGGCAACCAAUUUAGGGUUUUUAAUUGCUGCAAAAUUGCUUUCUAUUUUAAGCGUUUUAGUUAAAGAAACAAAUUAAACGCCCCAAUUACCUUUCCAAAGUUAGAAUUUUUAUAACCUCCAUUGAUUUAUUGAUAUACCAGAAUUAGGCAUUUGCCAUCUCUCUCUCUCUAUAUAUAUCUCUCUGUUCAUUCUCAGAAUUAAGCUCAAUCAAACAUUCUCAGAAAUCCAUUUCCAUCAGAGGUUGGUUUGAUUUCCUUAUUGCAGGAAGAAAAUGCCUAAAGCUCUUCACCAACUCUCUCCAUAUCUAUUCCUCUUCUUAUCAUUAGCAAGCCUUUGUCAUCUCUCAUAUGGUGAUGUUGGCACUGCUGCCCACUACAGUCCUCCAUAUUUACCAACUGCUUGUUAUGGGAAUGAUGCGUCGCAGUUCCCAUCAAACAACCUGUUCGCUGCGGCCUCAGAGGGAAUAUGGGACAAUGGGGCGGCCUGUGGGAGACAGUACUUGGUGAGGUGCAUUAGUGCAGUUGUUCCUAGAACUUGUAAUCCAGGGGAGACUAUUAGGAUUAAGAUAGUUGAUAGAGCAGCAAGCUCUGUUUCUAGACCAUCAUCCAAUGGUGCAACCAUUAUCCUUUCUGAUACUGCAUUUGCUAAGAUUGCUAACCCUUCUGCAUCUUCUGUUAACAUAGAAUAUCAGCAGUUCUGAAUCUUGAUGGUGCAGAAAGAGCAUUGGUUUCAAGAACUUGAAGGGCAAUUUAAUCUUUCUGUUUAUGUUUGAUUAAGCUACUAAUUAAUUAGUAAUCUAUAAAAUUAAAGAUUGUACUUUUCAGCAUUCUAAAUAAAUAUAUAUAGCUAAUUUAUUUUA